AUGCCCUCUUCCUUCCCCUCGUUUGUGCCGACGGAGGAGGAGAUGUGGAACUGGGCGGAGCUGCCGCUGGACGCGAUCUCAAGCAUCCUCCGCAAGCUCGAACACGUCGACAUCCUGAUGGGGGCCGGCCAGAAUUUAUUCCCCAAGCGCAUGUACCAGCUAAAGUAUCAUGCGCCUGACGCUCUUGAUCUGGACAAGAGAACCAAAGAGCUCCUGGAGCAGGUUGGGUUCGGUCCGGUGAGCGAGGAACGCGGGCUCGACCAUGGCGCGUGGGUGCCCCUGAUGUUCAUGUACCCGGAGGCAAACAUCCCAGUGUGCCAGCUCUCCGUGCAGACCCACCGCGACGACACCUACCACUACAACCUCGGCAAGGCGCUGGCGCCCCUCAGGGGCGAAGGCGUCCUCGUCUUUGGCUCCGGGAGCACGACACACAACCUCGGCAAGAUGGGGCGUGACGACGAGCCGGUGCGACAGUGGGCCUCCAACUUCGACACCUGGCUCAGGGACUCACUUCUCGCCGGAAGGUACGACAACGUGAACAACUAUGAGGAGAAGAUGCCGCACGCCAAGACGGUGCACCCGUCGCCGGAGCAUUUCUACCCGCCGCACGUCGCGCUCGGCGCCAUCGGGGACAAGCCCAAGGCGGAGCUCAUCCACCAUAGCUGGGCCGAAGCCAACAUGUCAUACGCCUCAUACCAUUUCACCACGAAGGACUAG